CAAAAUCGCAGCGAAACAUCGGCACCACCGCAACUUCCAUACCGGCCUGGCGCUGCAAGACGUCAAAAUCGACCUCAAAAAUUUCCCUAACACCGAUGCUAACGACCGUCGGUCGCAUGAUGGUGGCAAAGAAAUCUUCUCCAUCGGGAGGCGGUGGUAGCAUGGUGGCAAUCAUGAAACCGCUCAAGACGACUGGCAACGGCAACGUGUUCCUCACGUCGACCGGUUCGCUGAUGGGCACGACGAUUACAGGUGGCUCGAACAGCAAUGCAAGCGGUGGUGGAGGUAGCGGCAGUAGUAAUGGUAGUAGCGCGGGCAGUGCCAGCUCCAUCGGUUGUCGUAAAGAGGAGAAGAUCUUGUUUCUGCAUGAGAACGAUGCAAAACCGUGGAAGUGCAAGAGUUGUGGGCGUAAUUACAAAUGGAAGAACAGCUUGAAGUGUCACAUCAAGAAUGAAUGUGGCGUGCCUCCGAAGUACUUUUGUGAGCGUAUGUGCGGAUACAAGACUCACAUACACAGCAACCUAAAACGCCACCUGAAUUCAAAGUUCUGUAAGCCCAACUGA